CUCUGUUUCGGCCAUUAAAAGCAUCAUCAGUAGUCAAAAUGAGAUUAUCAUUAAUGUCAAUAACAAUAACUCAAUACAAUACCCAUACCCUUUACUAAUAAGUGAUACAUAGCAACAAUGAUAGAAGUCUAUUGAAUUUUAAAAUUUUUUCCCCUAAUCAAUUUUUACGAUAAUAAACAACAUCAACUUUCAAUUAUUAAUUUUAUUACUAUGUACAAUGUUCUUUUAUUUUUCUUCAAUGUUACUGAUAUUAUAAUGUUGAUGCUUUCAUGUGACUAAUUGAAUGAAGUGUCACAUGGAAAUCUAUUGACUUUUGCACUACAUCGAAUACAUAUCUCUCUCUAUAUAUAUAAUACAUAUAAAUAAGUAAUAAGUUAAUUGAUUUACUGGAAUAUAGAAACACAAACACAAAUGAUGUGAAUAAACACAUCAUUUUAAAAAAACCAGAUAGGUUGGAUUUCAUUUUGUGUAUGUGGUGUGUGUGUGUGAGUGUGUUGUCAUUGUUGUUAUGUGUAGUGUGUGAACUUGCACUUUGCACUUAUGAGUAAAGUUUAAUCAGACUUUAUUUCCAAAGAAAAAAAAAGAGAAACAACCGACUAGAUUCAGAGGGAGAGAGAGAGAGAAACAGAAAGAGAGCAAGAUCAAGUUCGCUAAGAGACCAUUUUUAUUUGUAAUUUCGUUGUUGGCUGAGUUGGUUCCAAUAUACAUAACACAUGUGUGUAAAACACGUAUAAAUCUACAACAUACACAUAUAUAUAUAUAUAUACACACCUACAGAUUGAACACAUUCGUCGAAUUUGUCUCUAUUAAUCUAUCACACAGUGUUGUAUAUUUAUCUAACACACACACACACACUGAAACUAACAUGUAAGCGUGCAUAUGCACUUACUUACAUGACACAAGAAAUCACAAUAUUAUUAUCAUUAAUAAUACUCUUAUUAUUAUCAUUAUUGUUAUCAUCACCAUUACUCUGACAUAGAUUGGUCAUAUUCACAAUAAUUACCAUUGGAGGAAAUCAGGUCUACAAAUUUUUACUGGUUUUUUUUUUCAAAAACAAAAACGAAAUGAACAAAAUAGUUAAGAACUAAUUGUCAAGGAAAUUAUUUGUAAACAGAAAUGGAAUCUACCGAGGUCAACUGUUCAGAGAAUUCGGCUGUUCAAGAAACUACAACAACGAUUACGAUUACAUCUACUAGCACUGUAAAUAAUAUAACUACCGAUAAGACUACUGAAGAUCAUUAUGAUUAUCAUGACAAUCAAACUGAAGUAUUAACAAAGACAAUUCAUUCAGAUAUGUCUAAUAGUAAUGAUUUACAAUCAAGUAUUAAAUCUCAUGAAACCACUGCUUCAGAAUCAAACGUAGAUGAUCAUGAAACAGAAAAUCCACAGAAUCAUAACAAAACAAAUGUAAUAACUACUGGAAUAAUGAUAAUAAGAAAUGAAACAAUAAGUCCUCAUAGUGAUACAUUCAAUAAUGAAGUGAUUCCAAGGAAUACUGAUGUUUCUACAGAAAAUAUAGAUGAGAUUGAAAUGAAACAAGACAAAACUCAUACGGAGACAAGUCAACAACUGCAAGAAAACAAUUUGGAAAAUAAUCAAGAUAUUAAAACAGAAGUUGAAUUAUCUUUAAUAAAAAAUUCACCGGAUAUAUCAACCCAUAAAUCAUCGAUUAGUAAUAAUUCAUCAAUUAAUCAAUCAACUGAACAUUAUAUUACAACACAAGAGGAAUCACUUAUAAAUAAUGAUAAAGAUGAUGAGAGAAAUAGUCCGAAACAUCCAUAUCGACCACCUCCACCAAAAUUAAAUCAAACUAAACAUACAUCAGUAUCUCUUUCAUAUAGUGGAGGAGAAAAUGAUGAUGUAAUAAGUAAAAAUGACAAAUUAAAUGACAAUUCACAGACAGAUACUACUACUAAUAAUAAUAAUUAUGAAACUAAUGUGAAGACAUCAUUAAAACAACAGCAGAAUGAAAACGAUGUCGACCAGCAUAAACCUCAGUAUAAACGUCCAACAAUCAAAUCAAAUAUUAAACAUGCAUUUACUAAUCUGAGAAAAAGUUUUAAACGUAAAGAUAAACCAUCAAUCAAACGUGUAGUUAAUGAUCAUGAUAAUGUUGAGAACAAUCAUGCAUACACUAGUCAACAACCAAUGACAACACAUGCAUAUAAUAAUAAUAAUAAUAACGAUUAUAUUGAUCAUAGAAAUAAACAGUCAAAUUUUCCUUCAAGUUCAUCUUCUCAUCAGGAAUAUCAUCAUCAGUAUUAUCGAAAUUCCAAUGAAAUACAAGAAAAUCAAUCACAAUUAUCCAAUGCACAAUCAUUGAAUAUAUCAAUUACUGAUUCAUUACAACAACUUAAAAGACCAGAAGAAGAUAUUGAUAUAAUAUAUUCUACUGAAAUUAUUGCACCACCAGCAAUUCCAACUAAAAUGUCAUCUGAUCCAAAUAAUCCUAUUUAUGUGAAUCAUUCAAUUAAACCAAAUAGACCACCAACUAUAGAUAGAAAAGAAACUGAUGUAAAUGAUAAGCAUGUUUAUGCAAACAGUCAAGAAUUACGAACUGCAUUAAAGGCAAAGGAGUUUGCAGCGUCAGCUAUAGUCGACAGUGUGGUAUCCAACAGAGAAACUUAUUGGAAAGACGAAUUAAAUAGUCGAGAUACAACUAUUCAGCCAUUAAACAUGAAUUAUCAACAAUAUUAUUUAACAAGAAGUGAACACUCAACACCUAAUCUAUCGAUUAGAUCACAAAGUUACCCAACUAAUAAUUAUCAUGAACAAAAGAAGCUUUAUUUAACAUCAGAUUUUCUUUCUACCCAACAUCAGUUGUCGUCGCAAAAACCGACACGACGAAGUAAUCCACCACUUCUAUCCCCUAUGGAUCAUCAUCAAAGACAAGAUAAAUUAGAUGAAAAAAGUCAGAUAGGUAUCCGCCGAUUGGAUUUAAUGAAUUCAAUAAAUCCCGGUGACAAAUUUACAGAUUAUGAUCAUGGACAUUUCAACGAUACUGUUGGAUAUUAUAACACAGAGCCAUUAUCAAUUCAAUAUCAACCAAAUCAUUCGUAUACAAUGAGAUCAGAGAGAAGAAUUGUAUCACCUGGAAGUUUGGAUAGAAGAUAUCCACAAGAAUAUGAACAAUAUUAUUCAUCACCUGAAGCACGACGUGUACAAACAAUGAGAUAUACAGAUUAUCCAACAAGACCUCGUGUUUAUCAACCAACAUAUCAAGCCGCAACUAUGUCAUUUAAUGAAUUCGAUCAUCAUUAUAAUAAUGGUGGUACAUUAAAACCGCGUAAACCAAAAAUUAUUACAGAACGAUAUAAAUGUAGUGAAGUAUAUAAUUGGCCACCGAAAUUUCCAAAAUUAAAACGACAUAAAACUAAUCCACCAAAACAAAUACAUACUGCACAAGAUCAUAUUGUAAUUAAACAACAAUUAAAAACUACAGCAGGAAAUAAUUAUUCACCUACAGUUCAACAAACGGAACCAAAUACAGAACAAAUACAUUGUACUAAGAUAAACAAUCAAUAUCAAUCACCGAAUUACAAAAGAGAAAUAAGUGUUUCGCCAGAACGACAAGUAACUAGUCUUCAUUCAUUACAAAGAUCCACUCUGUUAGAAAAAUCUAAUCGAACACCGGGCACAGAGACACGGGAUCAAUUAUUUAUAGCAGAUUACAAACUAACACCAAACAAUCAGAUUGGAUCCACAAAACCUGAUGCAUUAGCUCUACCAUAUUUUGCUAAAAUGACAGAAAAUAAACGAUUUUCAAAAUUCCACUAUAAUACUACUACUAGUACUACUACUACUACUAAUAAUAAUAAUAAUAACAAUAUUGCUAUGUCUGCUGAAGUAAUGCGUUCCGAUUCACCAAAAUCAUUAGCUUCAUUGAUAGAUGCAUUGAAAACUAUACAUCCAUUACUUUAUAAUUUAAAUGAGAAUCAUAUCCCUUUAUCAUUAACCGAUCAUGAUAACAAUGAAAACUCGAAAUUAUUCAUUCAUUGUUUAUCAGAAUAUUUAUUCACAUGUAUGAAAUUGCGUUCAUUAGAUUUAAAAGGUGAAUUUGUUACAUUCUUAUUUCCAUUAAAACAUUUCAAUGAACAAUUAUGGAAUAAAUAUGGUACAAUUGAUGAUUGGAAUGAAUUAUCUGUUGUUUGUGAACCGAAUACAAACUAUGAAUAUGUUGUAUUGAAUACAGCCAACGAAUCUUCACAAAAAAUCAGAUUUCCUAAAAAAACAAUCGAUAAACUAUUAACAAAUUGGUUAGAUAAUCAAACUACAAAAACACCUUCACCAGGAAAUCGACAUUCAUUGGAAAGCAAAAAUAAUACAGAGAAACAUUCAGAUGAUAAAUUACUUCAUUCAAUUAGUUUAGCUGUAACAUUGAAAACGUUGUUAAAUUUAUUUGAAAAACAUGAAAAAGUAGAGAGUGAUGAACAUCAUCCUCAUCAAGAACAACAACAACAACCACAACCAUGUGUAGAUCUAUUUCUAACUUGUAUUAAACUUAAUGUACUACUAAGUUUAAGUGAAUGUUUAGAUAAAAAUAAAUCAAUCCAAUUUAACUUAAAACCGGAACAUAUUUUACUUAUAUUAACACCAUCUAAUUGUUUAACAAUAUUUAAACAUUAUGAAAAAAUACAAAAUAAUAAACAAAAUGAGAAACCAGCUAAUACUGAUGAUGGUAAUCAUAAUGAGAGUCAUGAUCUACAAUCAUUAUUAACAAUAAUGAAUAUUCAAUAUGAUUCAAUGAAUGAAAGUAUCAAUGAUUUAAUCAAACAAUUAUAUGAAAUUAUACAACAUAAAUAUCACUAUUCAGAUAUGAUUACAUCAUUAUUGAAAUCAGUUGCACCACCAGAUUGGAUAACAAUGUGUGUAGCUAGAAUAUGUUUAUAUAAUCAAACAAAUUCAUAGAAAUUCAAUUCAAUGUUAAUGUCAUGAUUAUAUACUUUCUCAUAUUUAUAAUAAAUCAAUAAAUAUCCCUUAAAUACACUUUCAUUCAUAUCUAUGACAACCCAUUUCGUUUAUAUAUACAUAUAUAUACACACACACUUACACAUAAAUACAUACACACAUAGCAACAAAAUUGAUCUUAUUUUAAACAAAACGGUAUGAAAAUGAAGAGAAAAUUUGUUUUCUGUUAUUUCGUUGAUAAGUACCAAAUAUUUUUCUUUUCUUUUCUUUGUUUUUACAUCCCCCUCAGGUUAUCUAUUAUCCAUACCGACUAUUGAUGAGUAGAUUGUUUAAUGUUCAAGUUGUGCUGACGUUUGUUUUUUUCCUUUAUUGUUAUUGUUGCUGUGUCUAUUGUUGUUGUGAACAGAAAUGAAUGUUUCAUUAUUUGUUAUAAUGUUACUACUUAUAUACUCAUAAUUGAACAUUUUUUUGAUUUCUGUAACAUUUUCGGAAAAAAAGAAAAAUUUGACUAAUCAAAUUUAUUUUUUAUGAUUGAUAUAAGUUGAUUGGAACAAUUGUGGUAAAUAAUAACAAUAUGAUAGUUAUUAUUACUAUGAAUUGAAUAUUAUUCAUAAUUAUCAUUCUUUCUAUGACUUUUUAUGCUGUCAAGCUUAUGUGCUUAUUGAAAAGUAUUAUACAUAUACUACUAAUAUGCUACUUAUUGAUAUUAAUAAUUUGCUUAUUUAAGAAUCAAUUUUGAUGCAAUAGUAGUAGUGAUAGUAUUAGUAGUAGUAAUAGUAGUAGUAGUAGUAGUCAUGUUGCUUUUCAAUUACUCUUGUCAAUGAUUUUCAUUUUGAAGAAAUAAUGUAUGUUUGCUUAUAAUAAAAUGAAAUAUAUACCAUGUAUGAUUAUUUUGUAAUGAAAAAGAAAAUCAAAUUUUGUUUAGAUAAACAAUUUACUACUCUGUAUUACGGGUGUAUAUGUAUGUGUUUAUUGUUCAAGAUGCUUUAGUAUGAGAUAUAUUUAUAUAACUAUCUG